UGUCCAGGAGCAUGUCGACUCGAAUCGCCAGACCAUAAAGGAUAAAACCAGAAAGUAUACUAAAAGUAUCCAUAAUCAAAACCCAGAAACCAUGCUUACUCGCAACGUGGCUGCGCCGCCGUCUUCUCUAUGCCCAAUUCUUUCCCAUGACUGGCAUUUCCAAGUAUCUGAUCAGCUUUUGUUUCCCCACAACUUAAACCCAAAUCUCAAUCGUGCAACCAGAAAGAUUAAGGGAUUCCGACUCAAGGCAAACUUUUGGGAGUCCAUCAGAUCUGGAAUUUUGAAGAACAACGCAACACAAAUCGUGGAACCACCCUCUACUCUCGAGGAAGAGGAAGAACCGGUGCCUGAAGAAUUUGUGCUUGUUGAAAAGUCUCAACCAGACGGAGAAGUUGAACAAAUAAUAUUCUCUUCUGGAGGAGAUGUGGAUGUCUAUGAGCUUCAAGCCCUAUGUGACAAGGUUGGCUGGCCAAGGAGACCAUUGUCAAAACUAGCCAUGGCUUUACAAAAUAGUUACAUGGUAGCCGCAUUGCAUUCGGUUAGGAAAUUUCCUGGUCAAGAAGGGAAUGAGGAAAAGAAGCUAAUUGGAAUGGCUCGUGCUACAUCCGAUCAUGCAUUCAAUGCUACAAUCUGGGAUGUUCUUGUUGAUCCUAACUAUCAGGGCCAAGGCCUUGGUAAGGCCAUGGUUGAAAAGAUGAUAAGGACUCUUCUACAGAGGGAUAUCGGUAAUAUAACACUUUUUGCCGACAGUAAAGUUGUAGAGUUCUAUCAGAACUUGGGUUUUGAACCUGAUCCGGAGGGCAUUAAAGGUAUGUUUUGGUAUCCAAGGUAUUGAUUGCCAUUUCGAUUACGAAAAGAAACCGAGCUCAAGGAGAGAGCUCACUGGUGGGGUUUAGAUGAGGGAAAUUAAUCAUACAUUUGUCACCUGAACUCCAAGUAAUCCGAUUUACUCUAGGGGAGGGCAUCUUUUACAGUAGUUUAUGACUCACUCAUUAUUAGACAACUCGAUGCAUGUGGGGAUUAUUGUUUUUAAAGGCACGAGUUUGGAUUCAA